AUGCUGGCACAGACACAAACGGCGUUCACCAACACUUUGAACAAUACAAAUAAAUCAGCAUCGGUGAGUUCGGGUGUCCGAACAACGCCAAAUUUCUACAUUAAUUCAGGCCUUACUCCAAACGAAAGUAGUCUGCGCACAGGGCUCACGCCUCUAUCUCAGACUGUCCCCACAAUGUUGCCUGUGCUGGGCAACAACGGUGCUGCUCUGAAUUCCGCAGCGGCGCCGUUCACGCCGGGUCUCACUACACUAUUGGGAUACUCGUCGGCGCAACCGUUGCCAACUUCAAUGGGGAUGAUGGGCAACGGUUCUGGCUUCACGCCAGGUGGAAUAAGACCUUCUCCGCCAUUGAAUAUCAACAACGGCACCAAGGUGCUCGACAAUGUAACGAAGGUGGUCGUUGGUGGCGGCAGUAACAGUGGCAGCGCAGGCGAUAGUGUGGCCAGCGGGCCUUUGAACUCUAGUGGCGAUCCAACAGCGGAGAAAACAAAAGCAAAGAGAGUGCAGAAACCCAAAGCAAAUGGCCGCAAAGCAGGUACCACGAAGAAGAAGAAGGGAGCAAAAGCGAAGGCCAACUCCGAAUCAAAGGAAGUGGUUCAGAAGAGAAUGGAGUUCCUAGAGAGAAACAGGCUCGCUGCGUCGAAGUUCAGGCAAAGAAAGAAAGAAUACAUUAAGAAGAUCGAAGAUGAACUGGAUUUCUAUAAAAGUGAAUAUCGCGAGCUAACGCAGAUUGUCGACAAAAUAAUCGGGCAUGACGAUAACAAGUCCAUUUUGGAAGGGCUAGAGAACUUGAUGGCUGCAAAUGAUCCCAUAAAAGCACUCGAACUCGUAAAUAGCAUCAAAAUUUAA